AUCACUCCAUCCCGCGGACCAAUCAGAGACGCCGCUCGGCCCUCCGACGUCAGUCUCCUCUCCUUUCGGCCAAUCAGAUAGUUGGAUAUCACUGUACUUCUCCCGGGCCGUCCGCCUCUCGCUCAGGUAGACGGGACGUACCGCGGAAAGUCUUCUCUCCAGACCGGCAGUCACCUCGCGUUGUCCAUCAUGGCGGUGAACGGCACGGCAGACAUCUUGAGCUCUGCCUACCUUGCAGUGGAGUAUGUAGAUGCAGUGCUGCCACAAAACCCCCUCCAGCCCUCCCUGGAACGUGCCUGGGGCUACAUGCUGGACAACUACACCAAGUUCCAGAUUGCCACCUGGGGGUCGCUCAUUGUCCAUGAGUUCAUCUAUUUCCUCUUCUGCCUACCUGGCUUCCUCUUCCAGUUCAUGCCCUUCAUGCAGAAAUACAAAAUCCAACAGGACAAGCCAGAGACCUGGGAGAAACAGUGGAGGUGUUUCAAGAUGCUGCUGUUCAACCAUUUCUGUAUCCAGCUGCCUCUCAUCUGUGGGACCUACUACUUCACUGAAUUCUUCAACAUCCCGUACGACUGGGACUCCAUGCCGCGCUGGCCGUACCUCCUGGCCCAGUGCUUCGGUUGUGCUGUUGUUGAAGACACCUGGCACUACUUCCUCCAUCGCCUGCUGCAUCACCGCAGGAUCUACAAAUACAUCCACAAAGUCCACCAUGAGUUCACUGCUCCGUUUGGCAUGCAGGCAGAAUACGCCCACCCUGCUGAGACUCUCAUCCUGGGAGCUGGCUUCUUCAUCGGCAUCAUGAUCUUCUGUAACCACGUGUUCUUCCUGUGGGCCUGGGUGUCUUUCCGUCUGCUGGAGACCAUUGACGUCCACAGUGGCUAUGACAUUCCCCUGAACCCUCUCCACCUGAUCCCUUUCUACGCUGGCGCUCGUUUCCACGACUUCCACCACAUGAACUUCGUCGGGAACUACGCCUCCACCUUCACCUGGUGGGACAAGCUGCUGAAGACAGACAACCAGUACAACAAGUACCAGCAGAAACAGGGGGAGAAGAAGGAGCAGUAAACCACUGGCACCUCCGUUCACACUCACACGCCCCGGUUUUGUCGGGAGGAGGGAUGAGGCCUCGAGUCUCACAGUGAGCACACAAACAGUCGCUGCUUUCCUCUCAGUACACUUAGUAAAACACACACACAUACACACUGAGGGUGUACUUUAAAUGAAUAAACUUGACUGUGAUUUGAUUCUGAAUCGGACUGCAUGUUGACUUCAGUCCACCUUCUGUGCCUUUCUGCAAAGGAAGUAUUGUUGCCUCCUUCUGUCAACAGCUGCUCGCUGAAUAAAAACCAUCAACAUCCUCA